AGUGCUGUUGAGUGUGUGUGAUGAAGAUCUGUGUAAUAUAUGUGUGAUAUUGAAUGGAUUGACAAUGGCGGACUUCAACAUCGACAUAUCAACACUUCCGGAAGAUGUCCGGGACAAAUUGGCAGAGUUGGAUUUGGAACUCUCUGAAGAACAUUUGAGCCGUUCCGUAGAUCUCCCUGGAAAAGCAGCGAGUGCCUCGAGGCUUGUGCGAGGCGGCCAAAGAUUCUCCCAGCGGAGAGAGAGUCGAAUGCGAGAUCCGCCCCCGUUCUCCCUUUGCGAGGGACAAUCGGCGGGCGCAUCACGCGUGCGCCUGCGCGGCCGCUGGCUGCGCUGGCCCGCGCCCACGCACUGCCCGCCCGUCACGCACCUGCCGCGCGGCUCCACGCGCCGCCCCGGCCCGGCCCGGCCCGCUCCGCCCCGCCCCGCGGCCCCGCUCGGAUUUCCACGCCUCCUGCUCUCCUCUCCUCUCCCCUGCUCCCCGCCCCCUCCCGGCGCGCCCGCCUUCGCCCGAGGAGAGGGACUUGCCGGGAUGUGA